AAUUUUACUUAAGAUAAUCUCAUCUAGAUUUUAUUUUUUUAGGGAAAGUAUCUCAAGUUCUCAACGAGUUUUAACUAUAAGCCUUGACACACUAUCUAAUCACCUGCUGGUUUUCACCUCCCGUUCAAUACUUUCGAUUGAAAUUUUUACAGUUUGAUAAUUUUGGUUUUGAAGCGAUGGGAAAGGACUCUAAGCCAAAAGAUGGAGGGAAGGGUAAAGGGAAACAGGCAGCAGGAGGUGAUGAAAAUUCUUCAAAGGGUAAAGGAAAAGGUGGGAAGUCAGCUGAUGGGCUUGGCACCUGCACAUAUGUCAAAGCAAGGCAUGUCUUAUGUGAGAAACAAGGGAAGAUCAAUGAAGCAUACAAGAAGCUGCAAGAUGGUUGGCUUAGCAAUGGAGAUAAGGUUCCACCAGCAGAGUUUGCUAAGAUAGCUGCAGAAUAUUCAGAGUGCCCAUCUGGGAAGAAGGGUGGAGACCUUGGAUGGUUUCCACGUGGCAAAAUGGCCGGCCCAUUUCAGGAAGUUGCCUUCAGCACACCAAUUGGAGCUACCAGUGCACCCUUCAAAUCAACGCAUGGAUACCACAUAAUCUUGUGUGAAGGGAGGAAGAAUUAAUGGAGCCCGCAAUCUGCAUUGUAAACAUGAACGUAGAGAUGGAAAUAAUAUAUUUGUAUAUUGAAUCUUAAUGUGGUCAUCAAUUAUGGUUGAAUCCUCAUGAAUUUCCUUUUCUGUAAUCUCAAUGUGUACCAUCUCUUCUUGAGCAAGGACAAGAAUGUCUGCAUCUCAUUUUGUUGAAAACUUUCUAUGAAUUGAUCUGGGAUUUGCAUCCUCUUGGACAA